ACAGAACGUUCCCAUCGACGCCAUUUUCAACCCCCCAAACGACCUCGACAAGACUUCGUAAUUGGUAGAACAGAAAGCGCUUGCCAUAAUGCAGAACCCAGCAGACGAAAUCGCAUCCGUCGUGAAACUAGUCACCACCACCCCCUCGCCAGACGUCCAAAAGCGCGCCCUCGAACGGUAUUACACCAGCGACGCUGGCUUCCGCCAUCCCCUAUGCACUGUCCCCUCCGCGCACAAUUCUAGGGAGUCAGUAAUUGGGAUAUACCAAUGGUAUCGCAUUAUGUCUCCCAAGAUUGAGCUCGAGGUGAACAGCGUCUCUUAUGACAAGGAGAAAGGCAAGGUAUUCCUCGACGUUACCCAAAAGUUUCACAUACGCUUCAAUCCUCUACCCGCCACACCUGCUCGCCUUUCCGUACAUCUGAGUCUCCGUGAAGAAAACGGAUUGUACUACAUCGCCCUACAAGAGGACUUCUACCAUCCCGACGACCUCAUAUCCCUCGUCAUCCCCAUCCUCGCCUCACCCGCACACAUGGCCCUCCGCGCUGGUGCCAUUUCCUCCAACAUCUUCGCUCGAGUAUUCCAGGUCACGUUUGGGUGGUGGCAGCCUUCUACGGGCGAGAGAGUCGGCUCGGAUUGA